UUCAACUUGCUAAGUUAUUUCAUAGAAACAAUUAGGAAGACACAAAUAUUGGGCUGUGAGAAGCAGUGUACAGAGAAUAAUUGUUCUAAAAGUUUAGGGAAGUCCCAGAAAAGAUUGGAACAGCGCAUAUCUAAGAAAGUCAAAGAAAAUGUGCACAUUAGGCACAUGGAAGAUUGAUGAUGUGAGAGCCAUGGUCUUUUUCAUUAGUGAGAUUCAAACCAAUGAAGAGUUUUUUAAAAAACAAACAAAACACACUCAAAAAACCUAAAACAGUAUUUGAAAUUUACUUUCUCUGUUUCUUUUCCAAUUUCUUAAACUCAUGAAAGCAGUAAUUCUAGAGGACUGUGACUCCCCCCUCCUCUAGUCUUUCCUCCAUGCUGGCGUCUAUUCUGCAGAGCCAUGAAGGCCCAAGCUUGUAAAUCUAGACUUGUUUCAUUUUGCUUAGUUCUGUGUGUUUUCCUCGGUGUUUACAGUUGCCAUGUACUUGGUGAGGGCUUCUCCUUCCUUGUUCUCCCUGAAGUUCUCUCUUUCUGUCUUUUCAGGGAAGAAGAGCCCAGACCUAGGGGAGUAUGAUCCCCUCACCCAGGCCGACAGUGAUGAGAGUGAAGACGAUCUCGUGCUUGACUUGCAGCAGAAGAACGGAGGGGUCAAAAAUGGGAAGAGUGCUCUGGGAGAAGCCCCAGAGCCUGACUCAGACGCUGAAGUUGCAGAGGCUGCAAAGCCACAUCUUUCGGAGGUCACCACAGAGGGGUACCCCUCGGAACCCCUUGGAGGCCUGGAGCAGAAGGCAACCUCUUCCAUUGUGUCUUAUGUGCGCACAUCUGUGUUUCUGCUGACUUUGGUGAUCUCAAUGGUCCUGGUGCUCGUAUGUGCUUUCCUGAUCCCCUGUCCCCCCAGAGAUCUGCACAGCACUUGGAGCCGCCACUUGGGUCCCCAUGGAGGUGGGGACCUGUCUCCAUUGGAGUUGGCCGAUGUGAAUGGAGAUGGCCUGCGUGAUGUGCUUCUCUCCUUUGCAACUUCAAAGAAUGGCAGUGCAGUCGGUGUCUCAAGGCCACCUGCUGUUCUCGUGUGCCUUUCGGGGAUGAAUGGCAGCACACUCUGGUCUAGUCCUCUCCCUGAGGAGGCUCGAGAUAUCACAUGUUUGGAUCUGAUGCCAGGAAGCGUGGCCGAGACCAUCUGCCUUGUGACAGGGACACACAAGAUGCUCAGCGCAUUCAAUGCGACAUCAGGGAAAGCCAUUUGGACUUUAAACCCAAACUACCUAUCCAAUGGUACCCUGGCUGCCCCAGGGGCUGUGCUUCCCGACGUAGAUGAAGAUGGAGUUAGAGAUCUUGUGGUUGCCAUUGGGGAAUCGCAGCCAGAUCUGAGCUUUCUGCUGGUGUCUGGCCGGACAGGGAGUCCAGUGGGUCGACCUGUGAAGUACAACAUCGUGGGAGUGGGGAACCUGAUUGGUCCUCAGGUUUACAUCACCGCUAAUGGGGCUGUCUACAUCCUGUUUGGUUUUGGAAAUAUCCAAGCCGUCGCCCUGCGGGACAUUUUUGUUCAGGCUCAAAAUCGAGACAGCUCACCACCUUCCCUGCAGAUAGAAGAGUCAGAAUGGGAGAAGCGAAGAUCUGUCAACCUGUCAGAACUCAUUGAUAUUUACAGCAACGGUGUUGAGCUGCUCCAGAUGGUGAAGGCACCAGACUCCAACUGCAGCAACCUCCUCAUCACAACCAGACAGGCCCUUGUCCUGCUUCGGGGGCAGAAUCUUACGCCGCACUGGACGCUGAGACUUCAGGACCUGCACAGCCAGCCUACUCCUGGGUAUUUCACUGACGAUCAGACAUUAGACUUCCUUCUGCAGAUACAGGAUGGAGUUGGGAUGAAAAAGGUGAUGGUGGUGGAUGGGCUCUCCGGCUCUGUUAUUUGGAGUUACAGUGUUCCAUGUCACAUGAAAAGAACACCGACCACCUCAGCAGUUACUUCAGACCGGAAGUCUGUCUUCCUCUUUUGGGCUGAAGGACUGCCAGCUGCACCUCCUGAUUCCGAUGUCACCCUAGGAAUGGAGCCACCCAGCCUUCACCACCUUUACCUCCUGCACCCUGCGUUCCCCUCCAUUCUCCUGGACCUGGCCAAUGCCACGGGCACAGUCACGGCAUCAGAGGUUGGAAUUAACGACCUCUGGAAAGAUGCCUUUUAUGUCACCAGGACAACGGGGCCAAGCUCCAAAGGCCAUCCAGCACCGCUGGUGGUCAGCAAGCUUAGUCUGCGGUGGGCACUGAUGGAGGGCCAAAUGGUCCAGCUAAAGGAGACCAGCCCCAAAAUCGGCCGUGGGGAGCUGCGACGAUUCCUCUCUCGGAUAAAGUUUGUUGAUUCUCCCUUGUAGAUCUAGUCUGACGGAACCUUUAGUUUAAGAAGAAUUGAGCAGAACGGAUGCUGUCUGUCUUCUGUCAGUAUAACAUCAGUUCCUUAGAGAGAAGGAAGACUUCUUCAGCCUCAUCUCACCGCCUCUGCAUGGCCAUUGCAGAGCACUUUGGAAGGCACGUUGGAGUUGUUAACGGCACAAACCAUGUGGGUGGGGUAUUUUACCAACUUUUUCAACCUGUGCAUUAACCCCCUCCUCUAGGCACUGUGUGGAUAAUUUGGAAAUGUGAAUCUAAUAAGUGUUUUAUUUUUUGUAUGUCUAAUUUAUAAACUCUUGCUGGGAGAUCCCAGUGAAGUUCUUGACUAGAACAUUUUGUUUUGUAUCAUGCCAGGUGUGUGUAUUCUUCAGCGUUAUGAAAUAGUUUCUAGAGAUGUCCUAAGCUGCAGGGACCCAGUUGCUUGUCCUUCGGAAAUAUGUCUGGUUGGUUUGGUCAUCCUGAGGCUUCCAGAUGGCCUGCCUCUGAUUUCUAGGUCCACCCACCAUCUCUCGCACUCUCCCCCCACCUGUUCCUUGUCUUCUUCCCAGCCUUAGCAGCAGUGAGAGAGACCAACAGCGGGAGCCAGGGCUAGCCAUCCCAGUGUCCACCUCUUCCUGGCUUAUGUAUCUUGCCUCCUCACACUUUCUGUGUCUAUCUAUUUAGUGACCAUAGAAUAACCAUCUUUCCAUCAGAAGAGGGGUAGUGAUGAGGUCCAUAUGUUACCCUUGGUUUUGAUGGUUUUGCCGGUCAUGAUCUUUUUUACUGCAGUAACUUUGGAAAUGCUUAUGUGUCUGCUGUCCUCAGUGCAGAAGAAAACUGAAGCUGGGGAUAACGGAGGCAGGUAGCCUCCUCUCUGCUUCGCCUCUACUCUGCUCUUAGCACCUUCUGCUGGGCAUCCUUCUUACUGCUUCUCUCUUGCUCUCCUUUAUUCAGGGAUAUUUUUGCUUUGCUUGCAUGAAAGCAGAGCUGUUUCUGGACUUUUGCUCUUGAACCCAGUAUGCACCCAUUUUGCCCUUCACACCUCCUUUCUUGUAGAGCCUUUGAAGCACUGUAUUUUGAGAAAAAUUCCUAUGUAAAUACUGUAACUUUUAUAAUUGGUUAAGCUCUGUAGCAUUUUCUCCAGUGCUUCUCCCUUCUCAAUAAAUAUAUUCCUUCUAUUAAGUUACCUCCCAAACUUCUAGGUCAUUGGUUACUUAGAAGAGCGUGCAUUAG